AUGCCCGUCUAUCGCAGCAAUACACGCGUGCGCCAUUACGACCACCCUUAUUACUUGACGCCUCCUUGCAAUCACAAUUCGAUGGUCCCUGACCGAGCGGCAGCCUACGACACGUACGGGUCUUUGCAGCCCGCGCUCGAUAGCGUCGUGGCUUUUGUCUCCAAGUUGGGACUUAUACUUCCUGACUCCAAUGCCUUACGUUGCAACGAACCGUCCCCGAACACCACUCCGACGUCCCCUCAAUCCCCCGUCUACCAACCACCAUCCCCCAAGAAGAAGGAGCCGACAACUACACGUCCCCCUCGUCCGAAAAAUGUCUUCAUAAUCUUCCGCUCCGAAUUCUGCAAAACCCGUCGCGAUGCGACUCAUGCCGAUGGGAAGAAGGUCAACCAGAACGAGUUGAGUGUGCAGGCUGGGCAGAUUUGGAACAUGAUGUCUGCUGAAGAGCGGAAGCCGUUCCAGCGGCUGCACGAGGAGGAAGUGCGGAGGCAUAACUUGAUGUAUCCGGAGCACCAGUACGUGCCAAAUUCUAGGAAGUCGAAAGGACCGGGUGUGAAGCCGAAGGUUGGGAAGAAGAGGGCUGGAGAGAAGGGUGCUGGCGGUACAGUUUUGCUUGAUGACUUCGACUUCCUCCGCCCUCAGUCUGCCGGCUCUGUCCCAGCACCCAGUCCGGCUUCUUCAAGCUCUUCUUAUUACGCGUCUAGCGAGUCGGAAAGCGCGGGUGCACCUGAAAAGGUCAACGACGUCCAGGCGAAGCAAGUUGCAAUGGAGGCACCUCGACCAUCGAGCCUCGAAACCGGUUUGGAACCUCAGCUGGGCAGCCUCGGCAUUGACAACAACAACGAUCACGAUAGCUCUCCCGCGAUCCUCCCCUUCAACACAGCCGUCGCUCCCUAUACACCAACGUCAGCACUCAACUCUGCACGCGCAAGUUUUGCGUCUCGGUUGGGUGGUAUUCCUGUCCCCCAAGCAGAGUUCACACCUGGACCGGCUUCGUCUUCGCUGGGUGAUUUACCCUACAACUAUGAUGAGCUCCCUUCAGCUGGUCUUAACCUUGGGCCGCCUCGGUACCCGUUAGAUGAAGAACAGCUCUUUGAAGCCAAAUGCAACUCAGAGAGCGCCGCCAAACUCUACUGUCUUCACCUCGACAUGGCUGAACCUCCCAUUUCCAAUUGGGUGAUUGUUGAUGACGACAAUCCAAUCCUGCAGUACGACGGGGAAUGGGAGACGAAUCCGGAAGGAGUGGCGGCGAUUAACCGACCAAAUUGGGCUGGGCCCCUCUACAAUUACACAGCUCGGUGGACAACGACUAGCGGGAGUGUGUCCAUUACCUUUGACGGUACAUGGGCUCGACUACAGGGAACCACCAACCUGACUCGGAAUAGCGCUUCAUGCUCCACUUGUCCAACAUGGACCUGUGCAGUGGACGGCCAGUCGGUGCCCUUAGUCGAACCCUCCUUUGGCCUCCUCAGCAACCGAGUCCUCUGCGACUCGGGUCCACUCCAACCUGGCUCCCACACCCUUACCGUUGAUGUCACAGGAAGGGGCGACCCAUUCUGGGUCGACUUCUUCCGGUACAUUCCCUCAGCCCAAGCAUCUAUCAGUCCACCCCCAACAUUGUUUGUGGAUGCACUUGUCCCGGGGGUUCAAUAUGAUUCUUCCUGGACGAUGCUGGCGAAUGGAUGGCCGAACCGCAUGACACAUGCCCCUGGCGCCCAGCUUAACUUUACUUUUGUCGGGACAUCCAUCGCAUGGUAUGGUAUCAUUCCCUGGAGAUCCCCUUCGGUUUAUGCUAGAGCCGAAUACUCCAUCGAUGGCGGCCCUCCAAUUCCCUUCUUCAUCAACGACUUUCCAGAGAGUCCCGGCGACAGACUCACAAACCAGCUGUUUUUCAAAUCACGGUCUUUGCCCGAUGGGCGCCACGACCUCAAUGUCGUUUAUCGUGGCGAUCCAUCAUCCGCACCACUGUCUUUAGACUACUUCAUCGUUGAAAGAGGUGGAUGGCUCAAUGACUCAGCAAUCGAGGACCCGGGCCCAGGUGGAGGCGAAGGCGCGAGUGGAGGUGGAGGUCAAGAACCUCCUGUCGAGCAUGGGCUCUCCAAGGCACAGCUCGGAGGGAUCAUCGGCGGAGCCAGCGUCGCUGCGGUGCUUAUUCUCUUGUUGCUCGCCUAUAUCAUCUACCUUCGCCGCUCCAGGAAGCCCUCAGACGGCAGGUACUCAACCUUGCACCAGCCCAGCUCAGCUCCCCCAGUCUCGGAGAUGGCGAUACACCCAUUCCACCCACGUGUCGCUGCGAACACCUUUAAUGAGCCAACUUUACCGUCGAGCACCUUUAAUCGCUCCAUAUUUGGGGGAGCGCCCGUGUUCAAAACCCGUGCCACUUCACCUGGGAUAUCGUCACCUUUGUCUCCAGCUGAAGGGCAUUCGGGUUCAAGUUCAGGUUGGAGCACUAGUGGCAUGUCCACGGAUCCGGAGGGGCGCACGGCGGUGCAGAGGGCCCAGGAUAAUCCAGAAGACCGACCUCCAGUUUAUACUCCAAGUUAA